AUGGAGUGCAGCGUGCCUGAUUUCCCGAGAGGAGUUAUCGUACGGGUUGCGGUGGCCAUGAACGGCGUCGAGUUUGUGCAGUGUCCCGGUGAACUGCGUGUGUUCCAGUCCCCACGAUUAACGGAGCUCUUUCCGAGCUGGGUGUCGGCCACUACGACGUUGGAGCUCGAGCUGAGAGGCAUUAACCUCACCGCUACGAUCUCUGCAACCUCCAUGGAAGACAACAACCGAGGACAACACGAAGCUGCCAGUGUCCAGGUGUCUUUCAGCAGCAGUCGCGGCCGGAAGGUUAUCCGUGGAAUCUGUGAGAACGGCCAGGUGCGCUGCCCGAUUCCGAGAGAAAUACUGCAAGCCUCAUCAUCGCUCGGACGAGAAAAAUCACCCGCUCAUUCAGCCACAGCGAUGGCGUCCCCCAUCCUCGUUGACAUUUGGCUGGGUGGGAAACACAACGCGUUCACCGGUUCGCCACUGUCUUUGAAUGUGUACCGAGAAAUCCCCACAGUGAACUUGGUCUCGCCUAUGGAUGGACCGGUUUACGGGGGCUUUGCCGUCGUAAUUGAGGGUCGUGGAUUCAUCGACACUGGUAAAAUCAUCGUGCGGUUCCAGCUCUACACGGAGCCGCAGCAGCAGGAAGCCACUCCUCGAAUCGAAGAGGAAAACGCAUCUCAAAAGGCCCCUCAAACGCAGGGGUUGUCACCAGUCAAGAGCGCGAGUUUUCUCGACAAACGUCCAGUUGCUAACAGCGAGACAUCAUCACCCGCUGUACCGGAGCAGGCCGCAUCGUACGUCGACGUGGUGGCCAAGUUCGUGUCUUCCGAGCGAAUAUUGUGCCAAGCCCCAGCUUUCCCCCAGGAAGGGGUGUACACUGUACUGGUGGCGUUGAACAGCGUCGAGUUCAGCCGCGUGAGUGACGGAUCGUGGUUCCUGUCGUGGCAGAACUGGCAGAAGCGCAAGCGGUUGCUCUCUCACGCUUUGUUCUCUCGAGCUACGGCAGCCGAAGAGGCCGCGUCGGCUGCAGCCAUCUCCGGAGCUGCAGCAGCUUCUGCCUCUUUAGCUGAGACCGACAUCGAGCGACUGCGACGGAAGUCGAGCUUCAUGCUGCCCAAGAUCAAGAGCGCAAUGGCUUCGUCGUCUCUCGUGGAGUCUUCAUCGUCCUCAUUCAAGGCGAGAAGCGUCGACUCCGUGUCAGAGUACAGCGUAUCGUCCGAGGAGGCCGAGGACGCAUUGAUGAAGGACCCUCGACUGCUGCAGUGGCAACCUACAUCCGCUAUGGAGGCGCGAGUCAGCGGUCGGCCGCUGCUAUCCCUGCUGGAAUACCUGUGCAGUGUUCGCGAGACGCAGCAGUUUAUCUGUCGGGGCGUGCGCGUGGCCUUCAGGCUGCAGAGCGCCAAGACUCAGGGCACAAACGAACCAACGGAUACCGUUCCUGCGCUCCGCUUCCAGUCUUUCGUUGAGGCGAUCCGCAUGGUGUUCCCCAGUGCGUUGAUGCGCGACCUGGAGGAGCUCUGGCACGCUGCAGAGCACCGACCGGACGGGACCAUGACCAUCAAGCAGCUCUUACGGCGGCUACUGCGCAACGUUGCGUCUGACCAGCGCAGCUCGAGUCCGGAGCCAGGGCCGACGCACUAUGACCCGCGAUACUCCAUCGUGACUUCGCGGGAGACCGCAGCGAUCAUCUUGCCUCCGGUCGUGCAGCCAGAGCACAUCCUGGACCCACCGUCAGCGCUGUUCAUGGACUACGAUGCGGCGGUGCAGGCGGUGAAGCCCCGCCCGCCUCGACCCGUGUUCCGCAAGCGGAAGUUCAAUACAUCGUGGUGCAAUCCGGUAGUGGAAGGCGCGCCGGAACCAACGCCGCCAAGUCCGCCGAGUAAGGAGGACGUCGUUCGAACUCCUCGAUCCCUGGCUCAAGCGACGAUCGCCUCGAGUAACAAGCGCGUACGCAGUCCGAAUAGCCCACGAGGGACAAGACCUGCCAUCUCCACUACCUCCCAGCCAACUCCACCUACUACCACUACAACUCCAUCGGCGGUGAUGCCUCGCCAGAGCACGUUGAGCGGGCCGAACCCCUUCUACAACGACAUCGCGCCGCUGUACGCCAAGUUUCUCAACUCUGCAGAGGUCAAACGGUUUUUGAAGCAGUGA